CUGCAAGAACCCAUAUUUUCCAUAUUUCAUCAAGAAUCCAUAUUUCAUAACUACCUCCUACGUACUAACCUACUUUAAUAUUCCGUCCCCAACGGCGCGUUUCCACACGAUUUAUGCUGAAAUGCAACGCAGUUUCUAACGACCAUCAAUCUCUCGCAGUAACCGUAAUAUACCUUGUUGUUUGACUACCAUCUACCAUGCCGAAGGAGAAGAAUUUCAACCCGGUGCAGGCUCAGCGCAAAGCUGACAAAGCCAAAGCGCUCAAGAAAGGCAAGGCAGAAGCCGCCGCACGCCGAAAUGAGAAGCUCGCGAAGCGAAACCCUGAGAGGUUACAAAAGCAGAUCGAUGACCUAAAGAAGAUUACCUCUAGCGGCGGCAAACUCACUAAGCACGAAGAAUCGGUACUAGAAGGGUUGGAACGCGACCUAAAAGCAGUUAAUAAGGCCAGGGAAGCACUGGGCGAUAAGGCGCCGUCUUUUGGCCGCAGUGGUGGUUUUAAAGGCGACGGUCAAGGGAACAAUAAUGUGCUGGGCAAGCGAAGAAGAGGCGGCGAUGAUGGCCUAAGCAGCGAUAGCGACGUGCCAGACGAUGUCAAAAGUAUCCCUAUGCCGCGAGACACGCCGCCGCCAAUUCCGAAGGAGAUACUAGACAAAUGGUAUGCGAAACGCAGGGCGGCACGAAAUGCAAACGAUACACCGCUGGGCGGUGGUCAAGACAAGCAACCGCCGCCAACCGCGCCGGUGGUAGAAUCUAAGACGGUAUAUGAAUCGAAACCGAUAGUACGCGAUUUGCGCAAGGAAGCCGUUAGCGCAUUCGUGCCUACGGUAGUUCGGAUGAAGAUGGAAAAGAGCAAAGGCCACAGUGGUCUAAUGGAGCCUGAAGAAGCAGACCGUUUGGAGAAAGAAGGCUACCUCAAAGCUAUUCCGGCCCAAAAUGACGCGUCAGAAUCCAGUACGACGACAGGGCCCCAAAAAGUUUCGAUGGAGGAAGUGGAAGACGAUCAAGAUUAAGCCGAUCGAAAUUAAAGAACCAUCCAACUUAUUCUCGGGGUGGCCGUUAGAGUCGGGUCCGUUCCUAUUAGUUGAAAGUGCGGCGGUUCCUACCUAAACGCCAUGACUGCCGAUAAAGUGCAGAGCUUGGCUGUUACACUUUGGCUAAAAUCCUACCUAGGUUAGGUAGUGUUCCCCUGCUUCCUGGAGGAGGGACGUGCCGUCCCUUCGUCGCUGGUGCCUGCAGUCAGAGACGAUUCCUGGUAAGAAAGAUGGCUUAUCAAAAGGUCUGUUGGUUCUAGAUACCUAAGUCUGGAGCAUUGGGUAUCACUCUAGCCAGGGGUCAGGGGUAGGACCGGUAGUGAAAGGUUUUGUGGAGGUAAAUGGAUCUCUAGCGGCUGUGUAG